AUGGCGACUGGUAUCUCAGUUGUACCUGAGAAAUAUGCGGCUCACUCUACCGUCCAGACCAUCGCAGUUGAUGAAAUCUCAGGCGGAGGCAGUAUUCAAUCUUCCUUGGAAACAACUGCGGGAGUCAAUGCAGAAAAGAAGCGCUUCUUUACCCGACCAUGGGGACGACGCCAGAUUGGGAUACUCUGUGUGCUGGGGUUCUUGGGACUGGCAUUGACAGCACUUGUCAUUGCCCUCCCCAUUUAUUUCACUAAGAUCUCCGGCUUUGCGAAAGACACUGAUGACUAUUGGAAACAACCUCAGCCACAUGAAGAUCAUAGCUACCACCUUGAAGAGAACCGGCCGAACUUUGCCCUCCACAACUUCCCGGACCCGGGACUUAUUCAACACAAUGGCACAUGGUAUGCCUACGGAACCAACCCCAAGAAAAGGAACCCCGACAGUAUCCAUGUGCCUGUUGCUACAUCGACUGAUUUUGUCAACUGGACUCUUCACGAGGGUUAUGACACGAUGCCGACUCUUGGCGGUUGGGAGAAGAAGGUCAAUCAUUGGGCCCCGGAUGUGAUUCAGCGAGACGACGGCAAGUUCGUUAUGUAUUAUUCCGGAGAAGCCAAGAAUUAUGGCAGCCACCAUUGUGUGGGAGUCGCUGUAUCAAACGGCACGAGCCCACUAGGCCCUUACAUUCCCGAAGAUACUCCACUAGCCUGUCCCCACAAGCACGGCGGUGCCAUCGACCCAUCACCGUUCAGAGACACCGACGGCACGCUGUACGUAGUCUACAAGGGCGACGGAAACAGCGUUGGACAUGGCGGAAACUGCAACAACAGCAAGAAGCCACUUGUAUCUGUUCCAAUUCUUCUGCAGGAGUUGAAGAGCGAUGGCAUCACACCCGUCGGAGAGCCGGUGAAAAUCCUCGAUAUUGACGAUACUGAUGGUCCCCUUGUUGAGGCUCCUGAUAUCUUGCUCACCGAGGACGGUACAUACUAUUUGUUCUUUUCUUCACAUUGCUAUAUCUCGCUGGGAUAUAAUGUGAAAUAUGCACAUUCGAAAUCCCUCAAGGGCCCGUAUGCCAGGGCUGAUCGGCCUUUGCUGCAGACUGGUGAUUGGGGUCUCGAGGCGCCUGGUGGUGCGACGGUUUCGACUGAUGGCAGCAAGAUUGUUUUCCAUGCCAAUUGCGGUCGGUUUCGAUGUAUGUGGUCUGCUGCUAUUGAUAUUCGAUCUAAUAACAAUACGAUUGUUAUGUCGAAGCUCGUGGUUGGCCAAGAGUCGAAUUCUACGAAAUCUACGGGAAGCUCGUGA